AUGAAGGGCGAGAUUCUUCACCUUCACCUCGGCCAGGCUGGUACCCAGCUGGGUAACAGCGCUUGGGAGCUGUACCUGCUCGAACACGGUCUUGGACGCGAUGGUCGUCCGGCGGCCAAGGUCGACGGACAGGAGCAGGUCGACGGCGGUUCCUACGAGACUUUCUUCACUGAGACCAGCGGCGGCAAAUAUGUCCCCCGCUCCAUCUUCGUCGACCUUGACCCGUCCCCCAUUGACGAGAUCCGAACUGGUGACUACCGCUCGCUAUUCCACCCCGAGCUCCUGAUCAGCGGCAAGGAGGAUGCCGCCAACAACUACGCCCGUGGCCACUACACCAUUGGCAAGGAGAUGGUCGAGAGUGUUGUUGACCGCAUCCGCCGCGUUGCCGACAACUGCAGUGCUCUGCAAGGCUUCCUCAUCUUCCACUCUUUCGGUGGUGGCACAGGUUCUGGUUUCGGCGCCCUGCUCCUUGAGCGUCUUUCCACCGAGUACGGCAAGAAGUGCAAGCUCGAGUUCGCCGUCUACCCUGCCCCCCGUGUCUCGACUGCAGUCGUCGAGCCCUACAACGCUGUCCUCUCCACCCACAGCACCAUCGAGAACUCGGACUGCACAUUCUUGGUCGACAACGAGGCUGUCUACGACAUCUGCAAGCGCAACUUGGACAUCCCCCGCCCCAACUACGAGCACUUGAACCGCCUCAUUGCUCAGGUCGUCAGCUCCAUUACUUCCUCCCUUCGAUUCGAUGGUGCCCUGAACGUCGACCUGAACGAGUUCCAGACCAACCUGGUACCUUACCCUCGUAUCCACUACCCCUUGAUCAGCUACGCCCCCGUUGUGUCGGCUUCCAAGAGCUCCCACGAGAGCUUCAAGGUCCAUGAUUUGACCUUCCAGUGCUUCGAGCCCAACAACCAGAUGGUUGUUUGCGAUCCCCGCAACGGUAAGUACAUGGCUGUUGCUCUGCUGUACCGUGGCGAUGUUGUUCCCCGCGACUGCAGUGCUGCUAUCGCCGCGCUCAAGGCUAAGGCUUCAUUCAACCUCGUCGAGUGGUGCCCUACUGGCUUCAAGCUUGGCAUCAACUACCAGAAGCCCGUGGCUGUGCCCACCGAAUCGCCCAACGAUGGUGGUCUCGCUUCCGUCGACCGCUCCGUGUCCAUGUUGUCCAACACCACUGCUAUCGCAGAGGCCUGGUCGCGUCUCGACCACAAGUUUGACCUCAUGUACAGCAAGCGUGCCUUCGUCCACUGGUACGUCGGUGAGGGUAUGGAGGAGGGCGAAUUCUCCGAGGCCCGUGAGGAUCUUGCUGCUCUUGAGAAGGAUUACGAGGAGGUUGCAGCUGACAGCUAUGUUGACGAGGAGGAGGAGGCUGAAUACUAG